AACCGGCCAGUAGACGUGGGGUAGAAGACGAGAAACGGCUCCCUUGUAAUCUUUACAACUGCACGCAGAGCCCUUUUUCUGAAUUUUCCAUAUUUAUUUAUUUAAUUUUUAUUUAUUUUUGGUAAUUUUCAGGGAAUUAUUUUUUUUGUGUUUAUUAGGGGAUGGAAAACCAAAAUUAGGGCUAUUUGCAUUUACAUCUCUUCUAUUUCGCCCUAGUUGCUUGAGAUUUGAAAUCUUCCAUUUGCGUUUUUUUUUCUAAUUCGAUUUGAUUCGAUUGUGGUGGGUUUCUGAUUAUUACUCGAUCUCGAGAUUAAGAGAGAGAGAGAGAUUUCUAGUGAGAGAAAGUAGUGUGGGUGAGAUAUGUGUAGUGUAUCUAGAUUCUGUGAUAAGGUGUGUACGAUGGCGGAAGGGGGAUCUCAUUAUUGCUCGAAGAAAACUGAUGAUAUAUGCGGCUCCGCUUAUGAUGAGGACUCGUCACGAACUUUAAGCAUGUCGAGAUUAAAAUGCAUUCUACGCGGACUAGACAUAAAAGCCUACCUAUUCCUCUUCAUGCUAGUACCGACAUGUAUCUUCUUUAUAUACGUGCACGGCCAAAAAAUCACCUACUUUUUACGCCCACUGUGGGAAUCUCCACCAAAACCCUUCAACGAAAUCCCCCACUACUAUCACGAAAACGUAACCAUGGAGAAUCUGUGCAGACUCCACGGCUGGAAUGUACGAGAAUACCCUCGACGAGUCUUCGAUGCAGUCUUGUUCAGUAACGAGGUGGACCUCCUUCAAGUCCGCUGGAAGGAGUUGUACCCUUACGUAUCGGAGUUUGUACUGCUCGAGUCAAAUUCAACCUUCUCCGGUUUACCCAAGCCGUUAGUCUUCUCCACAGUUCGAGACAAAUUCAAAUUUCUUGAGCCACGGUUGACUUACGGUCAAGUUCCGGGCCGGUUCAAGAGGGGCGAAAACCCCUUUGUCGAGGAGGCUUACCAAAGGCUAGCGUUGGAUUAUCUACUCAAACAAGCCGGUAUUCAAGAUGAUGAUUUAUUGAUAAUGUCGGAUGUGGACGAAAUUCCUAGUCGGCACACGAUUAAUCUGUUGAGGUGGUGCGAUGAGAUACCUAGGAUUUUGCACCUCCGUCUGAAAAACUAUCUCUAUUCGUUCGAGUUCUUUUCGGACAAUAGCAGCUGGCGGGCUUCGGUACACGUGUACCAAUCUGGGAAAACGAGGUACGCUCACUAUAGGCAGUCGGACGUGAUUUUGUCCGAUGCGGGGUGGCAUUGUAGCUUUUGCUUUCGCAAGAUUAGCGAGUUCAUAUUCAAGAUGAAGGCUUAUAGCCAUGUUGACCGUGUGAGGUUUUCCCAUUUCUUGAACCCUAAGAGGGUACAAAGGGUAAUUUGCAAAGGUGCUGAUUUGUUCGAUAUGCUGCCCGAGGAAUACACUUUUAAGGAAAUAAUCGGAAAAAUGGGGAAUAUUCCGCAUUCUUAUUCCGCCGUUCAUCUUCCCGCUUAUCUUUUGGAAAAUGCUGACGAUUUGAAAUUCUUGUUGCCCGGGAAUUGCGUAAGAGAGACUGAAUGAGCUGUAAACGAACGGAGUUGAUAUAUAUUUAUAUAACUUCUAUAUAUAUAUAUAUGCUUUUGUAUAGGUUGAAGUCUUUCUCGGCUCCCAGCUAAGGGUAUUUUGGUCCGACAGGUUGAUGAAAAAAGACGUGUGAUGAUUUUUAAAAACACUGCUACAUGUUGGGCUUAAUUUAUAUCAUUCUUUUUUCAUCAGUGUUUUCUGAGGAAAAUUUGGACUCCAAUUAGUGAGGUUUUUGUAUAUAGAGUUGAUUUUUGUAUCCCCUGUACUAUGUGUGGAGUAAGAGUCGUUUAACGAGUCGAGAUUUGCGGGGUUUUCUUCACACUAGGAAAUUUUUGAUGUGGGACUAAUUUAUUUUAUAUGAUUUCUGUUAAUCAUCUUCUUUUCUUA